UCACUCUCCCCACCCUAUAGAUACAUCUUCACCUUCUUUAAUUCUCAUUUGUUAGAUACACCUAUAGAUACAAUAUCUAUAUGUAUUCUUUCCGGUGUGAUUAAUUGUUGAUUGUAAACAUGUUUGACGGAUUCUUGAAGAGCAAGUUUUACUCCAGAUGUAAGUCGGAAAUCAAGCUGACGAUGAAGCGAAUCGAGAUGAUUCGGAGAAAGAGGAACGCAAUGCAGAAGUUUUUGAGGAAUGAUGUUGCUGAUCUUAUUAAAACCGGUCUUGAUUCUAAUGCGUUUAAUAGGGUUGAACAGUUAUAUGCAGACCAGAAUCUAUCAUGGUGUUACGAAUAUGUCGAACAAUGUUGCUUGCUCGUUUUAAGCGAGCUCUCAGCUAUGAAUAAACAAAGGGAAUGCCCUGAGCAAUGCAAAGAAGCAAUCUCAACUUUGAUGUUUGCUGCUGCAAUAUUUUCGGAUUUGCCAGAAUUGCGCGAAUUAAGAACGUUAUUCGCUGAGCGAUAUGCGAAUCAUCUUGAACCGUAUGUCAACCAACAGUUUGUCACGAACUUGAAGGCAGCCCCUCCCGCGAAGCAUACAAAGCUGCAAAUGAUGCAAGAGAUUGCGUUGGAAUACGAUUUAAAUUGGGAUUCAAAGGUUUUGGAACAGAAACUGUACAAACCGCCUCCAUUUGUAAACGAAUCAGUUAAAACCCGACGUCAAACUGAUCUGGAAACAAACAUGAAAAAAGAAACAGCGGAAGAAAAACACAAGAAGCCGACUAUUGGAAAGAAUCUGCCAUACAAAUCAAGGGCAGAAACCGAAACCGAAACCAAAAAGGAAGAAAAACAUGAUCAUGGUCGGUUAUCGCCUUGUUGGUCAAGCAACGGUAGCUCUAGCAGCGACAGUGCAACUAGCGCAGACGAUAGUGCUUCUGAGGAUAUACCACAAGGAAGAAAGUUUAAUGAAUAUAAGUCAAUGGCUCCGCCCUACAUCAUAACCGAGUCAACCAAAAAGUCAACAGACACAAAUGGGUUAAGGUCAAUGGGUCCUCCUUAUACUAAACCAGAUUUAAGCAAAAAGACAGCUGUUAAUGAUGAUAUUAGUAAACAGAUACCAAGAUCAAUGCGGAUUCGAAAGCCGUUAAAGCAAGCUGUAGGUUCGUCUCGCGGGGACAAUGGCGUCGAAAAAACAAGUUCUACUAUUCCAAAUGGUGAAAAUAAGUUUGUUGAUGAAGAAAAGAAAAUGGACAAGCUUUUGUCGCACUACAGCCGAAAACCAUCGCAUGUACCUGCACCAAAGCGAAGCGGUUCGCUUCCAUCUGAACCGGUGGCUGCUGCUGGUGUUGUAGAUGAAAGAAAAGGGCUAUCAAGGGCGGUCACUUAUCAACCGGAUUCAAGAAGUCAUGUGCAUCCUAAACUUCCGGAUUAUGAUGAUUUUGUUGCGCGGUUAGCUGCUUUUAGAGCAAGUUCAUAAAUCGUAGAUCGACUGAGUAUAACAUGUAGGAGGUUUUUUUUUUUUUUUUUUUUUACAUUAAUCAGUGUUUUUUUUCUGAUAUUUUUGGUAGAAUUGGUGUUUGUAAAGAGUGUUAUUGAACACAAGUUUUACCGGUAUACAUUAAUACCAUACCAUAUGAAAUUUACUAGUUGUUGAA